AUAUACUAGAUAAUAAAAUACCACCUAAACCAAAAAAUAAAGGAGAAUAUCUUUUAUGUCAUAUUGUUUGGCUUAAAGGUUCACCUCAAGAAAUUGAAGUACAUUUAGCUUUUAAGUGUCAAAAAGCUAAACCUUCAGUUAGAGAUAUUUUUUUACAACUAUUAGCAGCUAAAACCAUUAAUCUUGACGCAUCAGAAUUUUUAAAAGAUCUUGAUGAAUUUAUUGGAGAUUUAGAUAUUGACUUAAAAGAGAAAUCAGAUAAUAGUAAAAUAGUUCAGAAGGAAAUUGAUGAGGAUUAA